AUGCCCGUUGACCGGAGGAAGCUCGCGGUGUUUGGCGGUGCCUUCGCCUUGCGACUAUUGCUCUUGCUCUUGUUUCCUUCCCUCCCUGACUUGUUGACGGCCCGGGUCGAGGUCUCGACGCCGGUUACCAGCUUCAAAAGACUUCAGGAGGGUCUUUUUCUGUACAAUCGCAAGGUUUCCCCCUAUGAUGGAGGCGUCUUUCACCAGGCACCGCUUCUACUUCCGAUCUUCUCACUUUUACCGAAUUCCCAAGUAUAUCCUUUACCGACGGCUUUGUUGUAUUCUGUAGUCGAUCUGCUCAAUGCAAAUGCCUUGGUAACUAUUUCAGAUUCGGGGCAGGCGGUAUCGGGGAGAUUAUACUCGGCGAUAAGAAAACAGAUCAGAUGGGAUGGAGUGGUAAUCGCGGCAUGGUUUUUGUUCAAUCCUUUUACAAUCGCGACUUGCCUAGGUCGGUCAACUGGGGUAUUUACUUCGGCCGGAAUUCUCUACGCUCUUUCUACCGCUGUUCAGGGGCACAGCCUGAAUUCGAUGCUCGCUUUGGGCUUUGCGUCGUAUCUGUCGAUAUACCCGGCUCUCCUGUUUAUUCCUCUCAUCCUCUUAUGCUAUGAUCGACGGAUUCAACGCACCAACUCCGCCCCUACGGUUACUCUCUUUGUGUUGCAACACUUUGCAGUCUUCCUGCUAAGUAUCGCUGGACUUCUUGGGAUUUCAUCUCUGAUAAUUGGGGACUUCUCAAAAUUCCUUUUUGCGACAUACGGUUUCCAAUUACUUGUUCCCGAUCUGACCCCGAAUGUUGGCCUGUGGUGGUAUUUCUUUAUUGAGAUCUUCGACUCCUUCCGGGAAUUUUUCCUCGGCGUGUUCUGGCUUCAUCUCGCGGCAUACGUUGGAAGUCUGAGCAUCAGAUUGCGCCGACAACCUCUAUUUGUUCUCGCCUCGUUGCUGGGGAUCUUCGCUGUCUUCAAGCCUUACCCAAGCAUCUCGGAUGCCUCGCUAUAUUUUGCUCUUCUUCCCCUUUACCGGCAUAUCUUCCCAUUGAUGCGAUACACUUUCUUCUCGAUUUCCGUUCUGCUCUACGCCACAUUACUCGGCCCUGCUUUCUAUCACUUGUGGAUUUACGCCGGGUCUGGGAAUGCCAAUUUCUUUUAUGCAAUUACCUUGGUUUGGAGCCUAGGCCUUUCAAUCCUAAUAGCUGAUACCAUUUUUGCCGCACUCCGAGAUGAGUGGGAGCAGGAGAACCCUGAGAAGCGCGGGGAAAAUGUCAAGCAAGUAUAA